UUCUAUUUGUCCAGAGCUACAUUUUGUCCAGAAACUCUCUGACCUGAGAGGUGAUAAAAGAAAGCGCCCAGCAAGGACUGGAGUCAGCCAGAGAACAAGGGGUGGUCUCCCAGCCUCAGAGGAAGAUGGAGGCCCACAAUGCAUCCGCCCCUGUCAACUUCACCCUGCCACCCAACUUCGGCAAGCGCCCCACCGACAUGGCGCUCAGCGUCAUCCUGGUGCUCAUGCUGCUCGUCACCAUGCUCUCGCUGGGCUGCACCAUGGAGUUCAGCAAGAUCAAGGCUCACCUCUGGAAGCCUAAAGGGCUGGCCAUCGCCCUGGUGUCACAGUAUGGCAUCAUGCCCCUCACUGCCUUUGCUCUGGGCAAGGUCUUCCGGCUGACCAACACCGAGGCACUAGCCAUCCUGGUCUGUGGCUGCUCACCUGGGGGGAGCCUGUCCAAUGUCUUCAGUCUGGCCUUGAAGGGAGACAUGAACCUCAGUAUUGUGAUGACUACCUGCUCCACCUUCUUUGCCCUGGGCAUGAUGCCUCUCCUCUUGUACAUCUACUCCAGAGGGAUCUAUGCUGGGGAAGUAAAGGACAAGGUGCCCUAUGGCAGCAUCAUGAUAUCACUGAUCCUGGUCCUCAUUCCUUGCACCAUAGGAAUCGUCCUCAAAUCCAAACGGCCACAAUAUGUAUCCUAUGUUACGAAGGGAGGGAUGCUAAUCAUUGCCACAUUCAGUGGGGCCAUCGUCACCCUUUCUGCCAUCAAUGUGGGCAAGAGCAUCGUGUAUGCCAUGACACCAACCUUGCUGGCCAGUUCCUUCCUGAUGCCCCUUAUUGGCUUUCUGCUGGGCUACCUUCUCUCUGCUCUCUUCCGCCUCAAUGGACGGUGCAGGCGCACUGUCGGCAUGGAGACCGGAUGCCAAAAUACUCAUCUCUGUGCCACCAUCCUCAAUGUGACCUUUCCCCCUGAAGUCAUUGGACCGCUUUUCUUUUUUCCUCUCCUCUACACGAUUUUCCAGCUUGGAGAAGGGCUUUUCCUCAUUGCCACCUUUCGGUGCUAUGAGAAAAUCAAGACUCCCAAGGAUAAAACAAAAAUGGUGUACACAGCUACCACAAAUGAAGAACAACUCCAGGAGCUCUGAAAAAUGGGACCCACAAAAUAGAAGACUGCUCCCCUUGUACAUUCUACUUCUCCACCUGGACUCUGGCCAUAAAGCAAUUCAGAAAACCAGUGUGGUACAUUACAGAGGAACAAAAAAACCACCAGUCUUGCCCGAGUCUUUCUCCAGCAAACGUAUCAGAAUCAUCAAGCCUUGCCUGAGAAGACAGAGACGAUGUCUACCCGAAAAGCCUCGCCUACUCCCAGACUAGGAUUUACUACUUGCUUAAAAAAGUAAGACUUGCUGAGUGCCUAUAAACUCUAUGAAGGCAGAAACCAAAUCAGGAUGACUUUGAUAGCAGCUUUUGGCUGGCUGGUACUGCCUUGAGAGAUACAUUACAAAAAGAAAACUCUAGAUUUCACCAUAGAUGAAAAUAAACAGUCCCCUCAAAUAAAUUAGCAAGUAUAACAUAAACUCCUCCUGACUUCAGCCUCUUAUUAAUAAUCAGUUUCACAAUCUCAUGGUUUAAGUUCCAGUCUUGAAAACUGCCAGGAAGUCACCUUUACACAAAGAUACCAAAAUCCUUUCAACCCUCCCCACAAAUGCCAAUUCCCACUCUGCAACACUCACUUUCAGGAAGCCAAAAAAGCUAACUUUUUCCGCCAUUUCUAACUCUGCCUUCCUCAAAAUCCCUGAACGGCUGGGGGCGUGAGAGUCUAUGUCAAGAGAAAAGGCGGUUUUGGGGUCCUAGAACCAGACUUCCUGGAUUCUAGUAUCAAUCUACCACUUAACUUGUUCUUUGAGAAGUUCCAGAGUGUCCUCCUGUUAAAUGGUGUUAACAAUUCAGUUAAUACACAGGUAAGGCACUUAAAACACAUCUGGCUAGUAUAAUUAUGUUAAAAAGAUGUUAUUCACUGUUACCAAUUUAUCUAGCCUAGCACCCUAAAAAAAAGAAGACUAUCUAAUCAGUCCUUCAGAUUUCUAUAAAGUGCAUUUCCUGCACUUAUUGGGCAAGGUUUGAGGGCUCAAAUACAGAGGACUCUAACACUUGACUAAAGAUAAACAUAGGACCUCAGCAGUUUUCACUACUGUUUCCCCUUAACCAUGUUGUUGUCAUACAUGUCUCAGGACUAAAAGCAGAAUGUGAAAGCCCCUUAAUCAUACUCACUGACAAAAAACUUUCUAUCAUCUGACCAUCACAACUGUGUAACUUUCAGGGAAAGCAAGAAACCCAUUAAAUUUUAUAAUUUGCUUCCCAAAUAUACUGUCCUUCACUUGGCUCUGGAAGUUAAGUAACUCAAUGCCAGCAGAGAUAAUAAAGGAAGAGCACAGGAGAACACAGACACAAGGGAAACUGCCAAACAACUUAGUCACUAUUAACAGUUCGCCAAUGUCUUUGCUUAUCUUUUGACUAGCCUAGAACUGUCAAAAAUACUACUUAAAAAAAAAAAACAAACAUCAUAAACCCCAGGAUUCUAGAGGUGUUGUACGUAUUUUAAAUGUAUGUAGA